CGGGGAUUGCAGAUCAACAAAUAAAUUAAAUACAUUGGAUGACAAAAUUAUCUAACAGUUUGGGGCUCGUCCGGGAUCUCUCCAGACAGAAAGUCCUACUCAUCCAUUUGUUCCAAAUCAGCAGGUUCUUGUGAAGUGUCUGAGACCAACGAAGUUAGGAGAACCAAAGUAUUUGGCCCCAACUACUGUACUGGCAGUGACAAGAACAUGGGUGCUGACUGACCUUCAACCGCAGUGGAUCCACGCAAGCCGCGUGAAGCUUGCUCCAGAGGAGGGACUUACUAAUUCAGGGUGAACGGUGAAAGCACUGGAGGAGCUGAACACGCAGCGCCAGUGCCCAACCGGAAUCUUUGAAUUAGAAGGACCUGAGGAGGGACCCGGAAUAGUCAACAUGAAAGUACUCCUACUGACGCUUUGUAUAUGUCAGGCGGUUAUGCUUGCCUUUACCCGCUCAGUGUUAACACAACAGCAGGGAGUCCCAAGUGUAAUUCCAAUUCCCAGGAACAAUGUAUGGUGGUUAUGGAUGAACUAUACCGCUGGGGGUAAACAAUGUAUAGUGUGCUCUAGAUCGCCAGCAUCAAUUUCUUAUGUCAUCCCUGUACCAAUGAAUACAUCAACAUGUUUAACUCAUCAGGGGGAGCUGGUUAAGAAAAGGCCUCCAUGUUUGAACUAUACAAUCAAUCUGCCAAUAGCCGGGACUAACAAAACAACUCGAACUUGCACUGACCCUAAUGCCAUAGCCGUGCUCCAGAAGGAGUCAAUGUGUCCUUUUAACUGUUUACUCUACAGGGCCAGUGGACGUGUUAACAAAACUAUACUGGACAAUUCCCAAUGUACAAACUGGCCAGUGCCAGGUGCCAGUCCACCCAAGCUAGUUUCCUGGGUCAAGUUUAAUAAGACUGAAUGUUAUAAAUUCUCAGAUACAGGUAACAGAACUUCAUUACAUAAAAAAUGGUUUCGGAUCAAAUACUGUUCUCAGGUGAGGUGGAUCGAGGCUGUAGAAUCUUAUUCACAUCAAAGCAUCGGUUUACCCGCACAAAUAUUUCACAACAUGAGGGGGGUUGCAGAUAUGUGGUGGAUUUGUUCCGGUAAUGAUUCAGAACUUCUUGUCGCACCCCCCACCCCAUUUGAUGGUUUGUGUUUCAUAGUAAUGUUACAGGAAGAUGUUUCUAUUAUGAAGGUACGGGUGAACACCCGGAUACGCAGGUACCUAGAAGGUGAUGCCUCGAGUGACCCUGAAGUAUAUUUAGACAGUGUUGGACAGCCUAGAGGUAUUCCAAACCAGUACAAAGCCUGAAACGAAAUUGCUAGUGGUUUUGAAUCCAUCUUUUUAUGGAUAACCCCGAAUAAAAACACUGAAUGGAUCAAUUACCUCUAUUAUAAUCAGCAGCGUUUCUUUAAUAAAACUAAACGGGCCUUCGAUUUGGUGAAAGAACAAUUACAUGCCACAAGUGAAAUGACUAAACAAAAUCGCAUAGCUUUGGAUUACCUCUUGGCUAAAGAUGGAGGAGUAUGUAAAAUGUUUGGUGACAAAUGCUGUACAUACAUUCCGGGUCACACUGAUGAUGAUGGAGAAUUCACGAAAGUAUUAAAGGAAAUGGAUAGGUUGAAUAAAGAGUUAGCAGAUAACGCCGGACAUCAGGGAAUAUGGGGAAACUUUUUCAAUAUGUUUGGGUGGUUCGCACCCUGGAUGUCUUCCAUUAUAUCGAUUGGUGUAUCCAUUAUACUUAUGUUAUUAUUUGGCCCAUGUUUGCUACAAUUACUACUAAUGCAAAAGAUGAAUGUAAUGAUAAACAGGCAUAAUAUCGCCAUGCUCCAUUAUAUGCGUGUACCAAAUACUGAAGUUGGUUGAGAAGGCUAUGUGAUCCUUUCAGGAUCAAAGUGGGCAUUGUGGAAUAAAUAAUGCUUCUCAACAACUUCUCUGGUGAUGUAAUGUGAAAUAAUGAAGGCCUCUUUUACACUUCUUUUGUUGGGGGUAGCUACAACUGUUUCUUGUUCCAAAGAUGUUCUAAGGAAUGUGUUUUUGUCUGUGUUCUCACGCUUCACACGUAACUGAAACAUGUAUGUCACCCCCAUAUAAGGUAAAGAACUAUUUCAUUGGUGAGGGUCCAGUGGAAUGUGGUUUUCUGGACCAUAAAACAGAGUGUUGAGACAAUAAACUUGGAAG